AUGACAAUUGCAACCCCACAGUCUAAAAGGUCAAUUUGGGAAGUUUUGGCUAAACUGUUAGCAGGCAAGAAGAAGGAAAGAGUCCUGAUCCUCGGAUCUGGCUGGGCAGGCUAUGCGUUUGCUAGGACUCUCGAUCCCUCGAAGUUCGAGCGCAUCGUAAUCUCGCCACGCUCAUACUUUGUGUUCACACCGUUGUUGGCAUCCACUGCAGUUGGCACUUUGGAGUUCCGCGCUGUGUUGGAGCCCAUCAGAAGGCUCAAGGGUGCCAGAUUCCACCAGGGGUGGGCGGAUGACAUCGACUUCGCGAAAAAGGUUGUCCGUGUCGAGGAGAACAAGGCGGAUGAUAUGUCCAGUCGGACUGUCGUGCCGCCGCCACCGACAAAAUCAGGAGACUCAGCAUUGACCGAACCGGCACGGCUGCCGAAGGGCCCAACCAUUGAUGUUCCCUACGACAAGCUCGUCAUUGCCGUAGGCGCAUAUUCUCAGACUUUUGGUAUCGAAGGCGUACGGCAACACGCCCAUUUCCUUCGGGACAUUGGCGACGCAAGGCGCAUCAGGCUCCGCGUGCUCUCGCUGUUUGAGCAAUGUGCAAGCCCUGCAAUGCCAGAGGCAGACAGGCGGAAACUCCUGCAUUUUGCCGUCGUCGGUGGGGGCCCUACGGGCAUAGAAUUCGCGGCCGAGCUCCACGAUCUCGUGCACGAGGACCUAGCAAAGCUCUACCCGGAGCUCAUGCCGCUCGUCAGAAUCACCGUGUACGACAUCGCGCCCAAGGUAUUGCCGAUGUUCGACCAGGCGCUGGCGAAUUACGCAAUGGACACCUUCAGGAGGCAGGGCAUCGAGCUCAAGACUGAGCAUCAUCUGCAGCGAAUCCGACCGGACGAGGACGGCAAGGGAGGACUGAAGAUGAAGAUCAAAGAGUACGGCGAUGAAGAGAUCGGCGCUGGUAUCGUUGUCUGGUCCACAGGCCUCAUGCAGAACCCCUUGGUGGAAAAGCUCGUACAGAAAACACUUCCACUGCCACCACGUCAGGACGGCGAGGUGCCGAAAGGAGACACAGCUGAGUACCGGCUGGAAAAGGAUCCUAAGACAGGAGGUAUCAUCAUAGACUCACAUCUUCGUGCCAGAGUCACCUCAACUACAGGGGAAACAGCGCGGAUACUUCCCGACACUUUCGUCAUCGGAGACUGUGCCGUUGUUAACGAAGACAAAUCCUUGCCUAAAACGGCCCAAGUCGCCUCUCAAGAGGCACUGUACCUAGCCAAGGCGUUCAACAAGGGCAACCUCGACGAGAAGCCUUUCAAAUUCCAUAAUUGGGGCACGAUGACCUACCUGGGGAACUGGAGAGCCAUUCACCAGAGCAAUGCGGACGAGAUCAAGGGACGGGCAGCGUGGAUUCUGUGGCGAACGGCUUAUCUGACGAAGAGUAUGUCGAUACGUAAUAAGGUCAAGAUACCUUUUUACUGGUUGGUCUCCUGGAUAUUCGGACGUGAUGUUUCGCGCUUCUGA